AUGAACGUGGAUCUGGACGUCGCGCAGCUCGAGGCCGAGGCCGAGGCCAUUGAGAACAACACGCAGGUCGUCGACCAGGAGAUUGAGGACAUGAAGCGCCGCGUGCAGGAGAUGGAAGAGGAAGCGCAGAAGCUCAACCAGAUGCACAGCCACGUCCAGUCGCAGAUCCCGAAGGACGCGGCCGCGACCGCCGCCGCUGCCGCCGCCGCCAUGGACGAGAACUCGAUUUACGUUGGCCAGGUCGACUACGAAGCCACGCCCGAGGAGCUCCAGGCGCUCUUCCAGAGCUGUGGUACCAUCAACCGCGUCACGAUCCUCUGCGAUAAGUUCACGGGCCAGCCCAAGGGCUACGCGUACAUCGAGUUUGCGAGCCACGACGCGGUCGAGAGCGCGUGCCUCCUCAACGACACGAGCUUCCGCGGCCGUCAGCUCAAGGUCACGCCCAAGCGCGUCAACGAGCGGGGCUUUAACUUUGCCCAGCGCGGUGGCCGCGGUGGUCGUGGCGGCCGGGGCCGUGGCGGCUUUGGCGGCCGUGGCGGCUUCAACCCCAACUUUGGUGGCCGUGGCGGCUACGCGCCCCGCGGUGGUCGCGGACGUGGCCGUGGCCGGGGCCCGGCGUACCACCCGUACGCGUAUUAA